AGCUAUGCGCCCCUUAAAAGUCUAUCAAUAUUUUAGACUUUGGAUUCAGUAUGUGAAAUGUUUGCUCUCUUUGUGUCUUUACAGUAUAUUGCACCAUAAUAACAUUUCUUUCUGAUAUUGUAACUGUAACUCGGCAAAGCAUACCUCUCCGUUAGACGGCUGAGACCUCAAGAUCAUAGUGUAUAAAAUGGUCACCAUCCUUCUUUUUCCCUUUAACUGGCACUCCCUAAAAGAGGAAGGCGAUAUUGAGUGCACCAAGCUAUUUGAUUGAACAUUAACUCUGGUGUCUUGAUGCAUGGGAGGGGGGAUAGAGCGAUUAUAGAAGGUGUUGUGCUAGGAUGUACUUUGCACCUUUCAAAGGAACAUCACAGAUAUUCAAGGAAAAAUGAAGAAGCGUUCAGAAAUUAAAGAAAUUAAAGAAGAUCUAAAAUUAACCACGAAAUUUCCAUUUAAUCCCAAACUGGGCAUUGAUAAUCCUGCUCUGUGCCUUGGAGAAGAUCCAGGCUCGGAGCCAGAACCAGUAGCUCGUUUCUGUGUACUGAGGAAAGAUGUUAGUGGAACUUUUGGGUUCACCUUGCGUAAGGAAUUGGACAGAGAUGGUCAUGUUGUACAUGAAGUGAUUCCUGGAGGCAUUGCUUAUCUUGUAGGAAUAAAAGAUGGAGACCAGUUAUUACAGAUUAAUGGGGAGUAUGUUCAUGAGCAGGAGCACCUAAAGGUGGUACAGAAGGUGAAGGCCAGUGGCUCCCGCGUGUCACUGGUUGUUCUUGAUGAGUCUGGCUAUAGGAAAUUGUGUGCCAAUAACUCCUCACCACUAUCCAUUCUCCCUAAUGUCCUUCCUGAGUCUUGUCCCAGGCCACGGCUUUGCCUUGUACGUGAUGAGGGUCGGGGCUUUGGCUUCACUACAACCUCAACCGGUGGUGUCCGUGGUACAUUUCUUCUCAAUGUGGAAGAUGGCGGUGCGGCACAAAAGGCUGGGGUUCCCUCUGGUGCCCGUCUUCUUGAAGUCAGUGGUGAAAAUGUCACAAGCUUUACAAUGAGUCAACUGUCUAAAAAGUUGCAAAAUAGUGGUUCACGUGUUGUCCUGCUAGUUUUGGAACCAUCUGCAUUGGGGGUAUAUGAAGCUCAGGGAGUUAUACCAAGCAUUGCAUUUGCUGAUACAUCUUAUGUGCCCUAUCGUACAAAAAAUCUUCACUUGGUGCGUAGUCCAGAGGGUUAUGGAUUCCUUUUAAGACAAGAAAAAUGCCUAGGUGGACAAGGACAAUUCUUACGUGAGCUGGAUCCAGGACUGCCUGCAGAGGUUUCUGGGAUGCGAGAAGGAGACCGUCUGUUAGCAGUAAAUGGUCAGAGCGUGCAGGACCUGGAACAUGAAGACAUUGUCAACCUCAUUCAGCAAAGUGGAAAUCAAGUCAGUCUGGUUGUUAUCAGCAAUGAAGGAGACAGAUUCUACACUGAGAUUGGUGUUUCACCUUUGCUUUUUUAUGAAGCUCAAACCGUUGACAUUGUAUCUACUCAUGUUAAAGAAUCAAAUGGACAAAUGUUGCAAGAAUCCAAAAUGAAACAGGCAGAAACUUCAUCACACUCUGAAAUGCACAAGGAAAGCACAGUGGCACAGAACAGCGAAGAAUAAAAGAAGCAUUUGCACCUUACAUGUUAUAUUUAAUUCCCAUGAUGUACAGUAUAUUAUAUUAAUAAUAAAUUCAGUAUCUGUAAUUUAAAAAAAUAUAUGUAAUCUGUAAUACAA